AUGGAGUUUGGAGGUAUUUAUGAUAGGCAAAACGUCGGCCAAGAAGAUACGAAUAGGAGAGGUUUAAGAUCAAGAAGUCAUAUUGGUCUUAAACAAAUCAAAGUAAGAAAAGAAAUAGAUGAUGAGAGUGGUGAGGAAAAGGAGCCCUUGAGUCCGAUGGCUCGUAUGUUUCAUGAGCCUGAAUCUGACGUAUAUAUUAUUGUCAUUGUGGGGUUUAAGAGCCCCAUCGAACCAUCUAGUUUCAAAGCAAACUUGGUGGAGACUCUGCUUAAGCAUCCUCGUUUCUCUAGUGUGCAGGUUGCAGAUGAUGAGAAUGGUAGGGAGCUGAAGUGGGUACAAACAAAGGUAGACAUAGAUAAACAUGUUAUAGUUCCCAUGGUUGAUCAAGUUAUGGCCUCCUCCUCAGAUAAAUAUGUUGAAGAUUACGUUGCCAACAUUAGUAAGACCAAGAUUAGCAUGUCCAUUCCCAUGUGGGAUUGCCAUAUUCUAAACCUCAAAACCUGUGAUGCUGAAUCCACACUGGUUAUUCGAGUUCAUCACUCCCUUGGCGAUGGCACAUCUCUCAUGUCACUGCUAGUGUCUUGCUCUCGUAAAGUAUCUGACCCUGACGCAUUGCCAACUUUUCCAGCAAUGAAGAAACCGAGAUCGGCCGGAUGGUUUUGGAGAUUUUGGUCUGUUUUGGUGUUAAUUUGGAACACUUUGGUUGAUAUGGGGAUGUGUGUGGCAACAACGUAUUUCUUGAAGGACACUCAAACGCCCCUCAAAGCUCCUUCAAGUACUGUUGCUUUUACUUCUCGGCGAAUUGUGCGUCGAGCUUUUUGUUUGGAUGAUGUCAAAUUGGUGAAAAAUGCAACCAACACGACGGUGAACGACGUGAUGCUAGCAAUCACACAGGCAGGCUUAUCUCGAUAUCUCAACAAGAAAUAUGGUGGAGAAGCAAGAGGAAGGGAAAACAACUUUCCCAACAAUAUUCGUCUUAGAGCCACUCUUUUCAUCAACUUGAGAUCAUCUCCAGGGGAUUAUGCCUUAGCAGAGAUGGCGAAGAAGAAUAGCAAAGCCGAGUGGGGGAACAAGAUUGGUUAUGUUCUCUUCCCUUUUACAAUUGCAUUGAAAGAUAAGCCAUUGGAUUACAUUCGUGAUGCCAAAGCCACAAUGGAUAGAAAAAAAGCUACUCUUGAAGCCAAAUUCAGAUUAUUUAUGGCCAAGUUUUUUGUGAGGUUUUGUCGUACCAAAUUGGCCACUUUUCCAUUAACAACUAUGUGGUUCUCAAAUAUGGCGGGGCCUCUGGAAGAAAUUAGCAUUUUUGGCAACCAAGUCUCCUUCAUCGCUCCAUCUUUGUAUGGUCAACCAGUGGCGCUGACAAUUCAUGUCGUUAGCUACGCCAAGAAGAUCACUAUGGUGUUAUCAGUCGAUGAUAACAUAAUUCCAGACCCCUAUCAGUUAUGUGAUGACUUUGAAGAAUCCCUCAAACUCUUCAAGAAUUCGGUCACUGCUGAAGGCCUGAUCCUUAAUUAAAAAUCAUCACUUUCAGUUUCACCAGUGGGUUGCGGCCACGUGGUUGCUUAAGUAUUCUUUAGGAUGGUUUGUAUUUUCAGAUGAUGUCAUGUUUAUGAACUAUAUCUACAAGACACUUCAAUUCAGCACUAAUUACUUCCUGGGUAAUAGUUUAAGGCUUGAGUGCUGAAGCUUAUUCUGUUUAAUACUAUGAAAAUAAAAAGUGUGCAAUUCUACAUGUUUG